AUGAAACAUGGAAUUCUUUUGAUGUCAAUGUCCCCUGUAAAGCUACAAUUUUGGAAAGGAGAAUCUAAAAUCCUCUGUCAGAUUAUCAAAUUCAGUAUAUCUGAUAAUUCGGGAUUGAACGACUAUGAAUCCAGUUGCCAAGUCGGGUUUCAGAAGGGAAAUUUCCUUCAUGUCUUGCGCUCUAACUACCGACUCGCGUUGGUGCCCGAUAUAAGGCGUCUUGCAGAGGGCACUGUUCACUCGCCUCCGCCAUCUGCUGCGAGAAGAAAGUGCUUUAAUAGCUCUCUAUUGAUCACCAUGUCGCAAACAGGACGUCCAGCAACAAGAGGCGAUGCAGCCCUUAAUACCUCAGGUCUCGAUAAGGAUUCCGACCCUAAGGGCUGCGUGGGGGACAAGAGCCAGGAUAAUUCAGACUCGACCACCAACAAGGCAACCAUGUACAGCUCAGGCAUCAAGGGCGGCGACGGCGCAGAUACCGGCAACGGAGGCGGAAGGGGAGAGAUGCCUUCCGCCAUCACCAAGAAGUAGAUAGAUUCUGUCUAUCUUGACCUCGGGAUGGGACUCGAACUGGAGUGGAUUUUCACCAUCUCUGUUGCUCGUUGGGCUUGUCUCUCUUUGCCUGUAGUCCACUUGAGGCAAAGAACGGAAUGGUUCAUACAUCGCACGUCUUCACUUAAUUGAACAUCGCCACAGUAUUAAUCAAAGUCAAUUUUCUUAUCAAAGUUAUGUCUUUUAAGGCACAUUCAUCUUCGGAAGCUUUCCCAUGCCCAUUAUAUCUAGGGCGUGCAACCUUUCUCAACAAAAGGACCCUUACUCAAUGAUUAAUCAAAAGAAAUGCAGAUUACCAACCUUCAUUGCUGAUGAAAUGGAAAGCUAUUCUGAUAUGCGGUGAUUCCCUCUUUUUCAGCGACCGAACCGCGGUUUGGGGCACUUGGGAUCAUUUCAGCUUAAUCUGUUACUUAUCCUUGAUUCUUAUGCUAUUUUCGGUGGUCAAUGAUUCGUCGAAGAUCUGGAAGCAUUGAAAAAUCUGAGAGAGCCACGUGUUGCUCAGGGCCACUAUAUAUUUCUGAUAUAUUUCUAAUGCUGAUGCUCUAUAUUUCUUGAAUAUGAAAUAAACAUAAAACGUACAUACCUUGAACACGUAGAUACUUUCACACACUAAUCUAACUCCUAAGGAACUUUCUGACAUACUCGCAGUGGCUAAACGUAAAUGCAAGUCUAAGAGUUGAGUUUACCGUUUAUGGAUAUGCUCUCUAAUAUGUAUUUUGGCAUUCAUUUGUAGAAACGAUGUCGACUUUUUCUCUUUGUUCAUAUUUUGUAUCAAAAUGUAUCAUAUGAUUUUCAACUUUUUUUUAAAUAGUUAAAGAUCCUUUCUUUUAUUCACCUACACUGCUACUUAGGUAAAAGAAUUUAAAAUCUUUUUGUAAAUAAGUUGAUUUUUUUUUUUUUUUUUUUUUUAAUAUGAGUGUAAUUCAGCACGGCUUAUAUUGAGCAAAACCUUAUUGUAUGACAAAUAAAGAUGAAAUAUGGAA